GGGCUGGGUCGGGUGUAUUUCAGGAGCUCGUCGGCCCAUUGGUCUGCCCGGGAAUCCAUUUCCAUAAAGAGGAUCUGGGCAUUUUGCUGAGGCAUCGCAACCCACCAUAUAUACCCUAUUUCAUUUUUCACUGUCUGUGGCUUUGGCAGUGUCUUUCUUCCACCAAGUGUGUCUUGUCCUCUUCUUCUUCCUCCUCUCAAUAGGUUGUGAACCGCAAAACUCGCCAAGAUGUCAGAGAAAAAGAUGACUUCCAGCCGCAGGCAUCACCUUAAGAGCCUGAUCCUCCAGAUCGCUCAGAACUGGCUCGAUCAGGAGAUAAAGGAGGCCGAUGCAGCUAAGGAGGCCUACAUGGCCGAGAACUGUCCUCCCCCAGAUUUGAGUGGAGACCAGAAUGCCCUGAUGGAAUACUGCAAGAAGCUCCAUGGUCUUAUUGACAAGCUUGAUGAGGAGAGGUACGACAUUGAGGCCAAAGUGCAGAAGACCGACAAAGAGAUUGAGGACCUGAGGAUCAAGGUUGUGGACCUGAGAGGUGUGAAGAAACCCGCUCUGAAGAAAGUGCGUAUGUCUGCUGACACCAUGCUGAAAGCUCUUCUUGGCACCAAACAUACAGUCAACAUGGAACUGAGGUCCAACCUGAAGCAGGUCAAGAAGGAGGUCAAAGAGGAGCCAACAGAAGCUGUGGGUGACUGGCGUAAGAACAUUGAGGACAAGGCUGACAGGAAGAAGAUGUUCGAGAGCGCCUAAAUGUAUCGCUGCUGUUUGUGUUACUGUUUAUAUGAACUCCACGUGUCUUAUAUGUGUUGUUGGAACCAGAUGAUUGUUUUAUGUUUCAGUUAAGUCUCACAGGGCUAAGCAGCAGGUUAGCAUGAGAGGGGUCACUGCAGGAAAUUUAAAGUGUUAGAGGAUUUCUUUUUUUUUCUCUCUCUCUUUUUUUUUUUGGCACUUUGUCUCGAGGGAGGAAGAGGAGUGUGGAGAGUUUCUGCAGAUUCACACACAACACCAAGUCUUAAACUCCACACCUUCGGGGAAACAUUCACACAAACUGAACUCUGCUGAAUAGAAACAAUAAAGUCAAAUGUGGAAGAAAA